AUGGCUCUGAGUGUAUCCUCUACAGCCAUGUAUGUGAUGGAGAGCCUGACUGCAGGGAUGGUUCAGAUGAAGAGGACUGUGCGUCUGGAUGCAAUGGAGAAGUGUAUAGACAAGGACCAGGUUUGCGAUGGUGUCCCUCAGUGUCAGGACCGUUCUGAUGAACUGCACUGUAUGAAGCAAACAGAGGGCUGUGUUCACCACUGUGACAGCAAGAGUCGCUGCUUGCCUGCAAGCUUCCUCUGUGACGGAGAGAGGGACUGUCUAGAUGGCACCGACGAGGCAAACUGUGAAGACCAAGAGGACAGUGGGUAUGAAAAGGAAGAAAGGACCAGCACAACCCCUGAUCCUGCUGUAUCUGAUGGCCCAUCCACCAUCAUCAAGUGUCCUUUGGGUGCCAUACCCUGCAUGAACAAUGUAGAGUGUAUCCUCUACAACCAUGUCUGUGAUGGGGAAGCAGACUGCAGAGAUGGCUCGGAUGAGGAGGAAUGCUCAUCAGCAUGUGAAGCAGACCAGUUCCAGUGUGCUCAUGGAAAAAAGUGCAUUGAGCAGAGCCAGGUGUGCGAUGGUGUCGCUCAGUGUCAGGACCGCUCAGAUGAACUGGGAUGUGCCAAGCACAUGGAGAACUGUGCUCACCAAUGUGAUGACAAGAGCCGCUGCAUUCCUAACAGCUUCCUCUGUGACGGAGAGAUGGACUGUUGGGACGGCAGUGAUGAGGCCAACUGUGCUGAUGAGGACUGCAGUGCCACUGAGUUUAAAUGCACCAGUGGCCAGUGUGUGUCAGCCACAAUGCGUUGUGAUGGUCACCCAGACUGUUGGGACCAUUCGGAUGAGGAGAGCUGCACCAAACCACCGGUCUGCACCACCAAGCACCGCUGCCUCCAGAGCAAGGAGUGUCUGGUGCAGGAGUGGAUCUGUGACGGAGAUCAGGACUGCAAAGAUGGCACUGAUGAGAAGGAUUGUCCUGUGGCUCCACUGACCUGCGGCGAGUUCCAGUGGUCGUGUAAAUCCAAGACCAAGUGUAUCCCUUCAGCCUGGAGGUGUGACGGUGUGAAGGACUGUAACGAUGGCAGUGAUGAGACUGAAUGUGAGGUGGUGGCAUGCCUCCCCCACCAGUUCCAGUGUGGCAGUCAGGAGUGUCUGGAUCCAGUCCUGGUGUGUAACAACAUCACCAACUGUGCAGACGGCUCAGACGAGGGAGGCAGCUGCCAGAUAAACUGUGCAGAGGCAGAUAACAGCCGCUGCUCCCAGAGCUGCUACAGCACGCCACAGGGAACGCGCUGUCACUGUACAGCAGGGUUCAGCCUCAUGGAGGACGGCCUGACCUGUGCUGAUAUUGAUGAGUGUGACGGUCAGAGCCCAGCUGUGUGCAGUCAGCUGUGCAUCAACACCCCUGGCUCCUAUCGAUGUGACUGUCACCCAGGCUACAUCAUGGAGGCAGGUGGACACAACUGUAAGAUCACAGGUGAACCCCUCCUGUUGUCAUCGGUACAGACAGACCUCUUCUUGGUUGGACUGCGCAGUGGCAGUGUGGAUGUGCUGUCCUCCUCUGCCAAGAAGGCCAUCCUGUCUGUGGACUACGACUGGAGGGAGCAGAGAGUCUACUGGGUCAGUCUGGACAGUGAGAACAUCAGGUGGUCCUCGCUGGACCAGAAGACCACGGGAACUCUGAUUAAAGGAAUCCGGGCUGAUUCUGUAGCUGUAGACUGGCUCGGCAGGAACCUGUACUGGAUUGAUGGGGUGAACAGUCAGAUUGUUGCCAUCAGGCUGGCCACAGGCACUCUGGAGUCACUGGACCACAGCGUCAUCCUGGAUGAGGACCUGGAUCAGCCCCGCUCUCUGGCCCUGCUUCCGCAAAAGGGGCUGAUGUUCUGGACAGAGAUUGGUAAUGUAGUGAAGAUUGAGCGGGCUGGGAUGGAUGGGUCAGAGAGGAGGGCGGUGGUGAACUCCAGUCUGGGCUGGCCUGGUGGUGUGACUGUGGACACAAUCUCUGACAGAGUCUACUGGACAGAUGAAAGACUCGGCGCAAUUGGAUCUGUGACACUGGAUGGAGAUGAUAUUCAGAUCCUCCAGAUGAAAGAGACCACCAACCCGUUCUCGCUGGCAGUGUUCAAUAACAUGCUCUACUGGACUGAUGCCAAGAAGCGAGUGGUGCAGGCUGCUCAUAAAAUCUCUGGCAAAAACCGUCAAGUUCUCCUGAAAAGGCCCAGACAACCUUUUGCUGUGAAGAUUAUCCACUCAUUGCUCCAGAUGGGCAACCAGAGCCCCUGUGAGAAGAUGGACUGUUCCCACAUGUGUGUGUUGGCACCGGGACCCAAAGCUGUGUGCAAGUGUCCCUCUGGUCUCUCACUGGCUGAGGAUGGUCUGACCUGCUCCAGCCUGGUCAACUCAGCAUUCCUGCUGAUACUGUCUCCUUCCACUGUCACACAGAUCUACCUGCAGUCUCGACACACAGCAGCAGAGCUGAAGGGCUGGCCUGAACACCUGGCCCUGCAGGUGCCCAGCGUCAAUGAAGCUGCCAUCAUGGACUACAACCUAUGUGACCACACCUUAUUCUUGACAGAUGAUGGCACAACUUCACUCAGCUCCUUCAAGCUAAAGGACUCAGACUUGACCUCCCAAGGUCAGCUUCUCAAACUCCUGGAUGACGCCAUCAGUGCCAUGGCCCUGGACUGGGUGACACUUAGCGUCUACUGGAGCAGCAACAAACAGCGCCGCCUGCAGGUGACCUCCAUCACGGGUGCCUACACUGCUGUUCUCAUAAAGGAAGGGAUUGGUAGAGUGGAGUCCAUCGCCCUCCACCCUCCCAGUGGGAGAGUUUGUUUCACCAACUUGGCUCAGCAGGAUAUAGGCACUGUGGCUACUGUAGAGUGUGCUAACAUGGACGGUGCUGAGCGGAGGGUGAUGUGGAAGGAUGCUGUCCAGCCCACAUCUCUGGUUUUCUCCAGUACCGGGGACACGAUCUACUGGGCUGACUCUGGUUUAGGGAUCAUUGGCUUUGUCCAGCUUGAUGGAUCUGGAUACAGAGAGUUGAAGGCCGGUGAUGGCCUGGCUGCUGUGGCUCUGAGUGACGAUACGCUGCUUUGGAUGACUGUUAAUGACAAAACCAGGCUCUGGUACAGAGAUGAGCAGCAGCAGAACAAGUUGUGGUUUGAAGUUGGCACAGAAGUGGUCAGCUUGAAGGCAUUUAGCAAGUCAAGUCAGACUGGUUCUAACCAGUGCACAGAAAACAACGGCAACUGUCAGCACUUGUGCCUCGCCACCCCAGGAGGUCGGACAUGCAAGUGUGGCCAUGAUCACGUCCUUGUGAAUGCCACCCACUGCAGCCCAGAGCAGGGCUGCCCAGCCGGCACAAGGCCAUGUCUGGAUCAAGUCUCAUGCCAGCCUGUUGAGAAGUUCUGUAACGGGCGUGUAGACUGCUCCGACCACUCGGAUGAGAACUGUGUCAGUCUGAAGCAGUGGUCAGGAAUAAAGGUCCUUGCUCCCACCCAGCCUCGCAGCUCAUCUCCUCCUCCUCCCCCUCUCCCUCCUCUGUCUGAAACCAACGACCUGAACACAACCCUGAAUGUCAGCAGCCUGCUCAUGAACCUGGAGGCCCAGCAGUGCAGCCAGAGACACUGCAGUGGCAAUGGACGCUGUGUGGACAACAGUGGGGACACUGUAUGUGUGUGUUCACAGGGCUACAGCGGCGAUUCCUGUUCGGACCAUCUCCUGCAGACCAUGCAGCGUCCCAUGGUCUAUGGUGCCGUGGCGCUCGGUGCAGUAGUGCUGGUCAUUUUUGUGCUGGCAGUGGUGGUCAAGAGGAAGAAGAAUGCCAACAUGAGGAGAGCUAGCCCAGCUGCUAUGAAGGAUACAAGUAUGACAGACCUGGAGAAGAAAGCUGAGACCGCCCCGCCCACAACUGCCCCAGUAGAUACAGAAAAGCCAGAGGUGGACCACCCAAGAACUCCAUAAACUAUCAGUCCCAUUUGUCUUACUGUGCUUAUGGGAUGAGUGUGACUUUACCUUCUUUCUCUGCAGGAAGCGGUUUCGUCCGUGGACUGAGGCUGACAUAUGGGCAAGCAAUGUUUUUAAAUAAACAGUUUGCAUUUUC